AUGGAGGAACAAGGAGAAGAGGAGGAACAAGAGGAACAAGAGGAACAACAAGGAGGAAGACAUAAAACACACUCUGCUCUCGAGGUCUCUGGCUCUCUGGCUCUCUGGCUCUCUGGCUCUCUGGGUCUGGGUCCACACCACACCACACGGCCCCACGGCUCCUGGCGCUGGGUUGCCCGCUUCUCAAGGUGGGGAUUUGCCAGCCGCAGCCCAGGGUUAAUUCCCCCCCAUGCUGCCAGCCCUGCGAAAAAGAGAGAGAGAGAGAGGAGAGAGCUGAAAUACCAAUCUCGCCGCCGUUUUUACCCGCCGUUAGGGGGGCGUCCAAACCCGACCACGGCAAGGGGUUUGCCUUUCUACCCAACUCAAAAAUGGGAGGAUAAGAGACAAGAGGACAGCAGGGCACUUGUGCAAGGAACCAAGUCAAGGAACCAAGAGUAA